CGGUUCCGUCCUCCCUUCUGUUCGCGUUAGUUCCGGUCGCUGAGGAGCCAUCGUCGUCGUGGUGGUGGUGGUCGUCGUGGUAACCGCGGCCCUCAUCGACACCGCCGGCUCGGGGAUUUCUGGCUGUUGGGGGUCCGCCUUCAAUUCGGGUGUCUUUUAUGAAUAAUCAAAAGCAGCAAAAGCCAACGCUAUCAGGCCAGCGUUUUAAAACAAGAAAAAGAGAUGAAAAAGAGAGGUUUGACCCUACUCAGUUUCAGGACUGCAUUAUUCAAGGCUUAACUGAAACUGGCACUGAUUUGGAAGCGGUAGCAAAAUUUCUCGAUGCCUCUGGAGCAAAGCUCGAUUACCGCCGAUAUGCCGAAACGCUCUUCGACAUCCUGGUUGCCGGGGGAAUGCUGGCCCCCGGCGGGACACUGGCAGAUGACAUGAUGCGCACAGACGUCUGUGUAUUCGCUGCACAAGAAGACCUAGAGACCAUGCAAGCAUUUGCUCAGGUUUUUAACAAGCUAAUCAGGCGUUACAAGUACCUGGAAAAAGGUUUCGAAGAUGAAGUAAAGAAGCUGCUGCUGUUCUUGAAGGGUUUUUCCGAGUCCGAGAGGAAUAAGUUGGCCAUGCUGACGGGCGUGCUUCUGGCCAACGGAACUCUUAAUGCCUCCAUCCUCAACAGCCUUUACAACGAGAAUUUGGUUAAAGAAGGUGUUUCCGCAGCCUUUGCCGUGAAGCUGUUCAAAUCAUGGAUAAACGAAAAAGACAUCAACGCGGUGGCCGCCAGCCUUCGUAAAGUGAGCAUGGACAACAGGCUGAUGGAACUUUUUCCCGCCAACAAGCAGAGCGUCGAACACUUCACAAAGUACUUCACCGAGGCGGGAUUAAAAGAGCUGUCCGAGUACGUCCGGAACCAGCAGACCAUCGGGGCGCGGAAGGAGCUGCAGAAAGAGCUGCAAGAGCAGAUGUCCCGUGGCGACCCGUUCAAAGACAUCAUCAUGUACGUCAAGGAGGAGAUGAAGAAGAACAACAUCCCGGAGCAGAUCGUCAUCGGCAUAGUCUGGUCCAGUGUGAUGAGCACCGUCGAAUGGAACAAGAAGGAGGAGCUGGUAGCGGAGCAGGCCAUCAAGCACUUGAAGCAAUACAGCCCUCUACUUGCUGCCUUUACUACUCAAGGUCAGUCCGAGCUGACUCUGUUACUGAAGAUCCAGGAAUACUGUUACGACAACAUUCACUUCAUGAAAGCCUUCCAGAAAAUAGUGGUGCUCUUCUACAAAGCCGAAGUCCUGAGCGAAGAGCCCAUCUUGAAGUGGUAUAAGGAUGCCCACGUCGCCAAGGGGAAGAGCGUCUUUCUCGAGCAGAUGAAGAAGUUCGUCGAGUGGCUCAAAAACGCCGAAGAGGAGUCCGAGUCCGAGGCCGAAGAAGGCGACUGAUUUGUGAGACCUCCUCCUCAGUAAAGCAGACGGGAGUUGUAGAUAAACUUGGGUGUCUCGUG